GUUUUGUUUCUUUAUUUUGUCAUCAUUUAUAUUUACAAAUACAUUGCCAUAAAUCGGGCAGGUCCUUUUUUUACACAAUUAAUUAAAUACCAGUAAUCAUGUACACAUACAUACGGCAUUCCUGUGCCUUGCCCUGGCAACCAUGUCCCUCCACCUCACCUCCGGGCUUCCAUCCCACACUUGGAAAAGCGCAUUAUCAACGGCUUCAACAUGACCGACCCUCUCUCCCCGGAAACUGUCGCCGUGUACCGUUAUAUUGGCACAGGAAAAAGCAACUGCGGAGGCACCCUCAUCUCCAACAACUACGCGGACCGUAGGCUGCAGACUGAGGCUACAGCGCUGGACGUUAUAAUUCACCCAGAAUACUUUGCGUCAAAUCGCAAUGCCAAGUUUGACAUUGGUGUGGUAAAGAUAAACCCGAUUGGGUUUAAUAAGAACACCAAGAGAAUGCCUAUUUACGACGGUCCCGUGUAUGAGGGCCAGAAUUUGUUGGCAAUGGGCUGGGGCGCAAUGGAGGACGGUGCAAAGGACCCGGAUAUGAUGCGUGGUGUCUUGGUUAUUGCUGGCAACAGCACAAUGUGUCAGAGAUUUGUGCCUGAGUUUAAGGACAAUAAUGACACAUGCCAGGGUGAUUCAGGAACCGGCCUGGCAAUUGCUGUGGGUGGAAAGAUGAUGUUUGCGGUUCCGUGUGGAAACCCUACAGGUGCCGAGUUUUUUGUGCGUAUAUCGUAUCAGUUGGACUUUAUAAUGAAAAAUACUGGGUUGUCGAAGGAGUAUUUACUUGGCGAGGUUGACGAGUAGCUUUUUGUUUCUGUUUUUUCUAUGGAUUAAUUUUUUUGGUUUGUCUUGAUUUAUUUAUCUUUUUUAUUCUUUUUUAUUCACUUGGUACCGUAAAAAAAAAAU